AUGGGCGUCUUUCACGCUGAGGGUCAAGUAGAAGUGGUUUUAUGGAUUUUAUGUCCGCCUGUGACAUUGCCAGUCAAAACUCUCACUGCGACGUUCGACUACAUGGUCUCAUGUCAUGUCCGAUACUGGAAAGGCGCUUGGACCACAUUACAUGAAACGACUGACGUCCACGAUUGUGAUCUCAUACCUAUCAAAUCGACGUCUCCGAAUGAGAAACGGAUGAAGGUUGACCGAAAACUGUCACAAAAAUCAAACUUACAAUGCGUCAACUCACGCGAAGAACGUUUAGUGAAAUUAUUUGCUGAUCAAAUGAAUUUGGAACAACCGUAUGAGAUGAUGGCGGUAAAUGAGGUGGAGGAAUCGCCAGUGCCAGGAAAACGACUCACUUUCACUUCAGAUCCAAAUCAACAGCACAUAAUUGUUCAAAAAUCUAUCAACAAACUUGCCCACUGGACA